UAUGAGCUAUACUCUAACUGUAGCCUCCCCACUGGGGAACAGGGUGAACUGCAGCGGCUCAAAGCCCGGAUGGAGCAGCAGCCAUUGGGGAAGUGUAACAGGGCUUUAACGUAACUGAGGAGGUUCUCUCUCUCUCUCUCUCUGGAAUAAUAAAGACUAAAUAAAAGGCGACCGAGGGCAGACAUAUUCAAACUCGGCAACACAUACCAUUAACUUGAAUACCAGGACUACCUGACUGCUUUCGGACCCAGUAUCCGAGGCGACAGACUUGAAGUGUGGAAGUUGGGAUACGUGCGGAAAAUAUCCAGCUGAGCGCUACAACUACUAGCCGCCACCACACGUAGCCAACAGCAGCUAACUGUGCACUGAACUUAGCUUUCAAAUCACGGGGGCUUGGAAAACCAGUCACAAGCUCUCAGGCUCUGUGAGAAUCCAGGGACUUGCUUAAUGAAUUAUGUCUGCCACAAGCAUUGACCCUCAGAGAUCAAAGGGACAAGCAUCUAAAGAUUUCACAGACCGGAGGGAAACAAACAGUCAGAACUGACCUGAGAUCUGCUGUCCAUCUGCUGUCUAUGAGAGCCGGCUGUCAAUCACUCGCAAACUCUGACCAAACGGUCAAACUAGGCAGCGCUGAUCAAAUAUGAAUCAAUAUUCUGUGCAAAAUGGUUCACUGCAUCAGAAGGAGACUGUCCAUGACAAUGACUUUGAGCCAUAUCUCACUGGUCAAUCAACUCAGAACAACAGCUACCAGUCCAUCACCGACCCCUACCUGUCCAGCUACUACGCCCCCUCCAUUGGAUUUCCGUAUCCCCUCAGUGAGGCUCCCUGGUCCACAGGUGGGGACCCCCCUAUUCCAUACCUCACCCCCUAUGGAGCCUUGAGUAAUGGAGACCAUCACUUCAUGCCAGACACGGUGUUUGGCCAGCCGGGGGGCCUGGGAAGCAGCAUCUACCCCCACAGGUUUAACUUUUUCCCUGAAAACCCUGCCUUCUCUGCUUGGGGCACAAGUGGCUCCCAGGGCCAGCAGACUCAAAGUUCAGCCUACGGCGGCAGCUACAGCUAUCCCCCCAGCUCCCUGGGGGGCACCCUGGUGCCUGAUGGUCAGACGGGCUUUCACAGUGACACCCUCAACAAAGCCCCCGGUAUGAACAGCCUGGAGCAGGGUAUGGUUGGCUUGAAGAUCGGAGGGGAUGUCACUGGCCAGGGGUCGGGAAUCAAGGCUGUGGGGUCUGUGAUUGGUGGACCUGUGGUGGCGGCCACAGGGAACGGAGCCACACCUAUUGGGAUGCCACCACCCAAACCCACCUCUUGGGCAGCCAUAGCCAGCAAGCCCGCCAAGCCGCAGCAGCUGAAAGCUAAGGUGAAGCCAGGGAUGCCCAAUCCAGGGGGAGCUCUUCCCCCGCCACCCAUCAAACACAACAUGAACAUCGGGACCUGGGACAAGGGCCCGGUGACUAAAGUAGCCACAGCUCCACUGCAGCAACAGCAGCCUCUUGGCAUGCCUCAUGCCAUGCAACCUCAAGCCCCCAUGCAGCAAGGACCCAUGCACCCCCCACCUCCCCAGUCUAUGGUGCAGCCCCAGAUGCAGCCUAUGGCCUUACAGACCCACCAUCACCAGCACCAUCAGCCACCACCUCAGCCCUACCAAAACCACACCCAGCCCCCACAACCCCAGACCCGUUGGGUUGCCCCACGCAACCGUAACCAAGGCUACGGGCAGGGUGGCCCUGGCCAUGACGGUAGUGGUGUGAUGGGUAUGGUUGGUGGUGGGAACAGUGGCCCUCAAAUGUCUGCCAGCCAGGGACCUGGUGGAGAGUCCCACCCGGUGCUGGACAAGCUGCGUGCCUCCCACAGCUACAACCCCAAGGACUUUGAAUGGAACCUGAAGAACGGACGUGUUUUCAUCAUUAAGAGCUACUCCGAGGACGACAUCCAUCGCUCCAUCAAGUACUCCAUCUGGUGCAGCACGGAGCAUGGCAACAAGCGGCUGGACUCAGCCUUCCGGGCCAUGAAUGCUAAAGGCCCCGUGUACCUUCUGUUCAGUGUCAACGGCAGUGGUCAUUUCUGCGGAGUGGCAGAGAUGCGUUCACCAGUGGACUACGGCACCAGUGCUGGUGUCUGGGCACAGGACAAGUGGAAGGGCAAGUUUGACGUGGACUGGUUGUUUGUUAAGGACGUGCCUAAUAGCCAGCUGCGCCACAUCCGCCUGGAGAACAACGACAACAAGCCAGUGACCAACUCCCGUGACACCCAGGAGGUUCCUCUGGAGAAGGCCAAGCAGGUGCUCAAGAUCAUCGCCACCUACAAACACACCACCUCCAUCUUUGAUGACUUCUCCCAUUAUGAGAAGAGGCAGGAGGAGGAGGAGGAGGUGCGCAAGACUUUUGAACCUUCUCCGAUACAGAACCGCUCUCGGUUGGAUCAGGAGCGCCAAAACAGGAAUAAACAAUAGAAGACAUUUAUCCUUGGCUUGAUCAACAGUUACAGACUAGGACUUUUGAUUUAAGAGACAGAAGAAUAUGAAAAUGCAACCAAGCCCUUCAUUUUUUUUCUAUUUAAUCCUGGUGAAUCUCUGCCAUUGUCGAGACUUGUGCUUUUUUUGCCCCAUGUACCACCCACUUCUUGUGCAGGGAUAACAAGCUGAUUUAUGUAUCACCCAGCCACCUCCACACUCUUUAGUUCAGGUUUCUUUUUUUAAAAUAUUUUUCUUCCUGGUCCAUCUCGUGCUCUUCUCUCACCAGACUGGUUUUCUCUCUCCUGCCCCCACCCCCGCCUCUUUCCAAUUGAAUCAGGGUUUGACUGCACCACAGAGAAAAAAAUCUGCCACUUUAUAUUUCAGUACAAUCAGGAACGGAUGUGUCCUGCCCCAGUUUGUCCAUUUGGGGGCAACAUUGCCAUGCUUCAGAGGUUUAACUGUGCCAACAGGGUUGGAGGAUCCCAAAGGCAAUGUCGGACUUGGAGCUGCGCGAUAAUAAAACUUCAACGGUUUUAUCUAUUUUUCAUUCAGAUCGACAAAAUCUCUAUUUUUUGGCUUACUACUGACAAUUUUCAUUUCAGAAACCUGUUUUCUGGAGCCUUAAUGUUUUUUUUUCUAAUUAUUGGUGACUUCUCAAAAGAACUGCUCAAACAGUGACACUGCUGGAGAAAUCAGGGAUAGUGUGAAGUCACACGGGACUUGAGACAUUUCUGAGGAGGAGUUGCAAAGGCCUCUGGGAAAAAGAAAUAAUGGAUGUGUCCUCCACAACCAGAACUCUCACCAUUUAAGUCAAAAAAUUGUACUAUUGACAUCCCUCACACCCUCUGCUUUGCUUUCUUUUAGAUGUUUGUCUCGAAGGGGUCUUUUGUAUGUUUCAUCGGGAGAUUCUGCUUGUGUACGCAACCCAGUCUGAGAGAAUUGUCGCAUCCACCAUUUUAAAUUGUUUUAUAAUCAGAAUUAUGUAAUGAUGUAACUGCUACAUUGAAUGAAUUGUUGCUUUUUGCAUUUUUUUUGUUCCACAAAAUGGGGGGAGGGUUCACAUAUUUGUCCAUUCACCAUCAUUCUGUCUUAAUCCUCUCGUUUUUUUUCCCCCUCAAAUUUGGUUUUGCUAAGUCUAUCAUGUUGGUCGUAAUGCUAAGCUUUAACGUAGGAGCCUAUAUAUUCAUGGAGAAAGCCUAAAAAUGUAUAACCUAAAAAUUAAUGUAACUGAUUUACUAUCGAGUAAGAAAAAAAUAAGAAUGAAAUGUGGUUUCUGUGUGUUUUUUGGUUGUUGUUGCAAUAAUAGUUUGUUCUAGACUGAAACCAUUGAUUAUGAUACAGUAAAGUACUUUCAGGUAUGUCAACGGAAAAAAGAUUGGAUGUUAAAAAAACAAAAAAACAGUCACAAAUAGAUGUGUGUGCCCACGCAUGGCAAGCUGCAAUAUAAGAAGUCUGCUGGAAAAUGUUAAACUGUUAUCCAUCCUGCAGCUUGUCUGUGAGGUGAGAGUGGUGUUAAGUUAACGGUCCUCUUCAGGACGGUGUCCCCCUCCUCCCUGUUCUGUUGUCAGUCUUUUCACAGUUAAUUUGUUAGUGAGCGUUUUGAGAUCAGCAGGUUCUCUCUCCUCUUGAUUAGUUUGAAUCUGUCAGUUCAGUAUUUUGUGGAUUGUGAGGUCACCACGAUUCCGAGAGGAGUGCUGCUAAUACACACGGCUGUCUCUUUUAAUGUUAAGGGAUCUUUACUCAUUUUUGUGUAUUUGUAAGAGUUGAAAAUCUGGUGUUGCUUCACGGUAACCCUGAUCAAAUAUUCAGAUCCCAAUUCACAAUUUUUCUGUUUGAAAUAUUUGAACUGAAACCGAUAAUAUUGGCACUUAUGGCCUGGACUCAUUCACAUUAAUUUGUUUGGUCUUUUCAGAUUAUGUUAGACGGUGUAUAUGAUCUGUUUUCUGUCACAACUUAACCCCGUUAUUGCGUUGAGAUGGCAGAAGUUCUGCACUUUGCUGAGGUCACUCAAGUGUGAGUAUGAACCGUGCGCUUCACGACUGCAGAUGUGUGAAGCUGCGGUGUAAUUUUUUUACCUGGCCAGUGUAUCCCUUGUAAAUCUAGACCUCUAACAGGAUCCUUUCUUCUCCAUCUCCUCUCCUUUUUUACCUGCACUAAUCAAUAGCUAGGUUGAUCCAAGCAAUACGGUGAACGCCCUUCACAUGUUUGCCUUCACCGACACCGCUCUCUCCAACCAGCGUAGAGUCAGUAAGGGGCAGGUGAGAAGCUAAAGAGUCGCAGCCGCAGCCGUCUUUGCCUCAGGAAGCAUGAACUGGUUGUGAUUAUAGUACGGGGCUUGCGUGCACGUUAACGAUAACUGUCAGAAGAUGUUUGUUGCAAUAGAGGGAUGUCAGGUUAGCCAUGAAAGUAUAUGUAUCAACACUACAAAAAGGAUUAAUGACAUGAAAUAUUAAAUAAAAAAACAUUGAUUAUCUUAUAGACCACAGUUGUAGUGGGCAUAACUUGUUCAAAAAGAUCUAUCUUGGUUUUUCUUUCUAGAAGAAAUCAAGCCUUAAUAAACUGUCCAUUCAGAAAUUA